AUGCUUUGCCAUCACUUCCCAGCUCCUGGGAGGAUGCAGCAGGAGCCAUGUGGCCCCUCUCACCCUCCCAAAAGGGGGAUCUCCAGAGGCCCUGGACGCCUCCCUCCAGGUCCGCAGUCCCAAGGGCCUGGCGUCUGUAAGGCUGGGGUCCCCUGGAAAGUGGGUUUCUGGAAAUAUUUGUUGCAAGGAUAUUGCUAUUGCGUAAGUGCCAGUUGUUUAUGAUAACAGGAAUCACAACAGUAGCAGCACCCACAUUCAUUGAUUGAUGAUUGAUUGAGACAGAGUCUCACUCCAUCACCCAGGCUGGAAUGCAAUAGCAUGAUCUUGAUUCACUGCAACCCCUACCUCCUGGGUUCAAUCAAUUUUCCUGCCUCAGCCUCCUGAGCAGCUAGGAUUACAGGCACUCACCACCAUGCCUUGCUAAUUUUUUGUAUUUUUAGUAGAGACAGGGUUUUGCCAUAUGGACCAGGCUGGUCUCGAACUCCUGACCUCAAGUGAUCCACUCACUUUCACGUCCCAAAGUGCUGGGAUUACAGGCGUGAACCACCAUGCUCGGCCCUGUACCCACAUUUAUUAAGCUCUUGUGCAUAUCUGGGCCCUGAUAGUCCUGGGCUGGUAUUUUAUCUGCAUGUAAAAUACCUCACUUGGUCCUCACAGCAAGGACCUGGCAGCCUGUGUACUCACAAAACAACCCUAGAGGCAGACAGUGUAUCCAUUUGACAAAUGAGGGAACUGAAACUCAGGGAGGUCAUGUGACUUGGUGGAGUCCUAGCUGCACCCCUACAAGAUGGGUCCUACUGUGGCCCCGGUUUAGAGCAGAGGGAACUGCAAAGGGAUGCCCUGGGACAGGCCCUAGCUCACAUGGCCAGAUGGAGGCAGCACCAGAUUGUACUCGGGGCUCUCAGACCCCUGAGUCUGUGCUGGCUGCCUCUCUACCUCCUCACUGCCCGGCCUGCUAUUCCCAGAUCCAGGGCACUGCCUCCCUGGAGCCUCCUUUAUUGCCCCAAGUUUAAAUUAAUGGCCCUUUUCUGUGAUCCAGCAAUGCAGUUAAGUACUUUGGGGUUUUUGGUUGGUUUUUGAUUUUUUGUGUUUUUAGAAACAGGGUCUUGCUCUUUCACCCAGGUGGAGUGCAGUGGCACAAUACUAGUUCUCCACAGCCUUGAAUUCCCAGGCUUCAGUGAUCCUCCCAUCUCAGCCUCCCAAAGUGCUAGGAUGACAGGUGGGAGCCACCACACCUGGCCUGGUUAAGCACUUUGAUUGGAACCCCACACACAUACUCUAUCUGCUGCUUUGCUGAGGGUGUCCAGGUCAGCACUCAGGCCUGCAUUCCCAUCCAGGCUGUGCCUCUGCAGCUGGGACUCCAGCAAGUCACCUGACCUCCCUAAGCCUCAGUUUCCUCAUCUGUCAAAUGGAUACAUUGUCUGCCUUCCAGAGUGGUUUUGUGAACCCACAGGCUGCCACUGUCCCUGAAGGAUCUGGCCCAGCACCCAACACAGAUGGGUGCUCUAUGUGCGUGCCCCCAUACACACACCGCCAUGACUGUGUGCUGGGAAGCCCGGGUGGCAUCCACGCUGCAGCCCCACGUGGCCAUGGCUGCUGUGCAUGAGGAAGGCAGUGUGCAGGGGCUGGAGUGCUCAGAAGCGAUCCAGGGUCCAAGAACAAAUUCCCUUAGCAAUUCCAGACCGAAAAGAUCUGGUUUUCUAGUACCUAGAAACGAGCCAUGAUUAGAUGCAGGAUCCCCAGCUCUGUUUCAGAGCCACCUGGUGAGUCACAGAUCCCCUGCCAGCCAUGUAAGAAACAUCUGCACAAGAAGGGCCCUUCUAGACUAUGGAGUCUGACCCUGCCCUGUUGCAGGCAGGGGAACUGAUGCCCAGAAAUAGCCUGUGACUUUCCCAAGACCAUGCAGCCCUGUGGGAGUCCAGGCUGUGGGAGUCCAGGGCCGCUAUAGCACACACCACGCAGCUCAGAGCACAAGUCACUCCUGCAGAGCUGAAAGUGGCCACAUGCUCCCUAGGCCCAACUUCGGGGCUCAGUGAGGAUCCUGAUCAGGAGAGCGACACAGGAAGGUGCAGGGUGGCCGUGGCAUGGCCACAGGUGCUGUGAUCAUGCGCUAGCCCUGUCACACCAUACCAGUAGUAGGACUAGGAAAAGACACCGCCGCCACCUGGAUGCACUGAGCUGUGCUCAGCCUUGUGGAGGUUGUCCUGGGGGUUGCAGCGACUCUUUAGGGGUCCCUGGCCUGGCCUAUCUGGAGCCUUCUCUGAAUUGAGGCUGGUAACGUGCCUACUGGCACGGUUGUAAGUAACACAGAUCUGUGGCCACCUCAAGGGGUGCAACACACACCGGGGCCUGUGGACGGCUGGCCUGGGCCCAGCCUCAGCCCUCGAGGGUGCUGUCGCCUGGCAUAUGCCCGACAGUUAGGGCCGGCUGGCAGAAAGGUAUGUGGCAGGUGGCAAAGCCUCUGUGCCAGAAUCUCACUCACACAUCCUCCAGGGCCUCAGCUGCCAUAUGCCUGUGUCAGUCCCAGUGGUGGUGGAGCUGCAGAUGGGGCACAGGGGUGCAUUGUCCAGGGUAGAGGUGGCUCAUUCUGGAGGAAGAAGCAGGCACUGCUCAUGGAAAACCUGUCUUAGGGACCGAGGGCUGGGGCUGGCCUGCAGAGCCCAGAUUCCUUUCACAGACUGGGUGGUGGGGGGUCUGUGCCCUUGAUCCCACCAUGUCCGCAGGUCGUCCUUCUGGGCCACCUGAGGUUUUCCACCUGUUGUCCGAAGCGGUCAUGGCCUUGCCUUGCGAGAAGCAGGAGCCAUGAGUCCUUUUCCUGGGCAGCUUCUUGCUCUCUCUGGCUUGUGGAGAUCAGUUCCAGGGCUCGCUUCUGGGGACCUGUGUCUGAGUAGUCGCGGGUCCCGAAGGGAAGAUGGGCCACUCCGCGUCCUCCAAUCUCGGACCCACACCCUCGUUUUGGAGAGUGCACGCCUGAAUAAGGAUGUAAUGACAACCAGAUAACCCACUGACGGGGCGUCUGCUGUGCCCAGCCUGGCGCUAAGCUCUUUCAACGUGCGCGAUGUCAUGUAACCCGCCAGCAGCCCGCGCGGUAGAUACUACCCUUUUCCCUGUUUUUCCUGUAAGAACACGGGUGCACACACUGGGAUAUGACUAAACCAGGGCUCGAACCAGGACUGCCGCCUGCCAGGGCUCUCAUCUCAUGGGCAACCAAGGAUUUGGGCCCAGUUUACAAAGGAGAGAAUAGAAAGGAUGAAGCUUUUAAAGCGACAGCAAGAUCAGUUAUGCUUUUCAGCAUUUUGCUGGGCUCCAUUGUGAGUGGAUGGGGAGCAAGCACAAGGACCAAAGGAAAGAACCCAUGUCUCUCCCUGAGCUGACACUGGUCUAAUCAGGAGGCGCUGCCAUCAGAUUCCAGUCCCUGGUGAGCAGGGGGCUCCAUGGUGGCUGUAACAAGUUCCAUUUGCCUUGAAGGUGGCAGCCGGAGCUAUUUUUAGAGCAGCACGUGGUGGGGGAGUUUCCUUUUGGCCUUGUCUGGGGACUGGAGUCUUGGGAAGGGGAAGUCCCGUGCAGAGACAGGGGCCCUUCUUCCUGCACCCAUCCCAGCCCAGAGAGGCCACCCAGCUCCCUGGUGGUCCUGGCACCUCACGUCCAUCCUCAACCCAGAGCUGAGCAGACCUUCCCUGGAGCUUCUCAGGAGCCACUUCAAAAGCCCGUGCCCUUGUGAGGCUGGCAUGCAGGAUGGCAGGACAGCCUGGCCACAUGCCCCACGGAGGGAGUUCCAACAGCCUGUGCCACACCCUGGGGCCUGCACACCCUCCUGACCCACAGAGACACCCCAACACCCUGUCUUUUCGCUGCUCGCUGGCGGACUUCCAGAUCGAAAAGAAGAUAGGCCGAGGACAGUUCAGCGAGGUGUACAAGGCCACCUGCCUGCUGGACAGGAAGACGGUGGCUCUGAAGAAGGUGCAGAUCUUUGAGAUGAUGGACGCCAAGGCGAGGCAGGACUGCGUCAAGGAGAUUGGCCUCCUGAAGCAACUGAACCACCCAAAUAUCAUCAAGUAUUUGGACUCAUUUAUUGAAGACAAUGAGCUGAACAUCGUGCUGGAGUUGGCCGAUGCAGGGGAUCUCUCGCAGAUGAUCAAGUACUUUAAGAAGCAGAAGCGGCUCAUCCCAGAGAGGACGGUGUGGAAGUAUUUCGUGCAGCUGUGCAGCGCCGUGGAGCACAUGCACUCACGCCGGGUGAUGCACCGAGACAUCAAGCCUGCCAACGUGUUCAUCACAGCCACGGGUGUUGUGAAGCUUGGUGACCUUGGUCUGGGCCGCUUCUUCAGCUCUGAGACCACCGCAGCCCACUCCCUAGUGGGGACACCCUACUACAUGUCGCCGGAGAGGAUCCAUGAGAAUGGCUACAACUUCAAGUCCGACAUCUGGUCCCUGGGCUGUCUGCUCUAUGAGAUGGCAGCCCUCCAGAGCCCCUUCUAUGGAGAUAAGAUGAAUCUCUUCUCCCUGUGCCAGAAGAUCGAGCAGUGUGACUACCCGCCCCUCCCCGGGGAGCACUACUCCGAGAAGUUACGAGAACUAGUCAGCAUGUGCAUCUACCCUGACCCCGACCAGAGGCCUGACAUCGGGUACGUGCACCAGGUGGCCAAGCAGAUGCACGUCUGGAUGUCCAGCACCUGAGCGUGGAUGCACCGUGCCUUACCACUUUGCCUUACCUGAGUCGUCUUCUCUUCAAGUGGCCACCUGGUAGCCUAGAACAGCUAAGCCCACAGGGUUCAGCAGGUUCCCCAAAAGGCUGCGCAGCCUUACAGCAGAUGCUGAAGGCAGAGCAGCUGAGGGAGGCGCACUGGCCACACAUCACUGAUGGUCAAAUUCCAAAGUCCUUUCUUUAUUCUGUUGCGGACAAUCCCAGCUGGGUUAACAAGGGCAGUGGCUCAGUGAGCCACGGCAGCCCUGUAUCUGGAUUGUACUGUGAAUCUUUCCGGUAAUUCCUCCAGUGACCUGUCAAGGUCGAUGCUAACAGGAGACUUACUUGCAGGAGACCGUGUGAUUUGUAUAGUGAGCCUUUGAAAAUGGUUAGUACCAAGUUCAGUUUAGUUCUUAGUAUCUUUUCAAACAAUCAGGCUGUGUGCUUAAUUUACUCUGUUGUAAAGGGAUAAAGUGGAAAUCAUUUUUUUCCGUGGAGUGGAGAUUCUGUUAUUUUUAUCUACGUUUUAUGACUUGGUGAGUGACGAUAAGAAGAGGCCUGCAUCUAGCCGGAGCGUCACAUGGCAAAUGGCAUCGAGAAGAGAGAGCAUCUUCCUGGCAGCCAGGCUGGGCCAUCUCCCCCUGGACACCUGCUGUGUACCAGGCACUUUGUCACCUCCUUGAAUGCUGGCUGUUCAUUUCAUCAGUGUUACGCAUUUUCCUCCAUGGGAAGGAAGUGUGGAUAGAGAAAACCUAAGGGCUGUCAUUGACAAGUUCUGAUUCUGCAACUUCCUAGUGUGACUAGGCUUGGGCAAGUUUCUUGGCCGUUCUGAGCCUCAGUGUCCUUGUCUGUACAAUGAGAUUAACAGUAUCUACCUACCUACCUUCGGGGUUGCUGACAGAAUUUGAAAGAAAAUAUGCACGUUAGCUAGCACAAAGCAGAUGAUCCAAAAAUAGCAGCCACUCACCCCUCACAACCUGAAAUCCAAGGACCACGGAAUCCAGAAUUCAAGUCCACCUGUAUCAUGUGUAGGAAACCAGAAAUGUGUUCCUUAUUUCUUGUUCCCAAACAGGAUUAACUGUGAAGACUAAUUUAUAAAUGUGAACCUAAGAAAACUCGAGCUCUGAAGGAAAUCAUUUGAAUUUUGGUUUUGUACGCAAAGCUAACCUUCCAGUGGUCUGAGCUGUUGUCACUGACCUGAUGACAGUCGGGCCCUCCAGAAAAGAGCAGUGCUGGCAUCGUGCGGGUGACUCCUGACACCUGCUGCCUGCAGGCAUUUGCUGACCAGGCCUUUCCUGGAGGAAACACCCAGGGCCAGGCGGCUGCUAUUUUCACACGUGGACUCAGUUCUGCUACAACACUGUCGGUCCGACCGUCUCUCCACAUGCAGCCUUUCCUCUGUACUUGUUCUCCAUCGUUGAAAUAAAACAGGGUGACAGGGAGUUACUUAUAAUUCAUGAAUGAUUUUAAAA